AUGUGCUUGUACGAAAGGAAAUGUCGAUCACGUUUGCUCGGAGACAGGAGUAGGAGUACGACGACGGAUCGCACACGAAACCGCGGGGAUCUUUUUUUCCCUCCGCCAUCUGGGUCGCAAUGUUUUCUUCUUCUUCUUCUUCUGUUGUGGUUAUUUCACCUGUAUGUACUAGUACUACAAAUCCACCAUCGCGGCGGCGUUCCGGGGUCUCUCUCUCUUGGUUUGGGGGGUUUUCCCCACGUACAAAACUGCCUCCUGUGUCUCUCUUCUCUUCUCUUCUCUUCCUUUCUCUCCUUCUUUCUUCCUCUCCGGCGCGGCCUUCAACCUGUAUGAAAACCAGUCCGCCGUGUACAACAAGAAGAAGAAAAAGCAGAGAAAUCAACCAAUGGAAAGGAUCUCCAGCCCAGUCCAGCCCAGCCCAGUCCGGCACAGGGAUACACACGAUCGCGGCUACCCUUCCCUACCCUACCUGCCCUGCCCUCCACGCGACUCGCUCGUGCCCCCGUGCCCGGGUUCGAAGCCCGGUCGGAAUCUCGUCACCAAGGCUUUCUCUUCUUUUCCUUUUCUGGGGGGGAUUUUUUUCUCCCGGGGGAUGGAGGAAUGGGUGGAUGAACGGGGCCGCUGUGGUGCCAUGAAAUAAGGAAAAAAAGAGCAAAAAAAAAAAAACAGAUCUCAUCGAUGAGCACGCGGAUCCGGAUCGAUCGGACGGAGGAGGGUUCUCUAUCUGUCGGUCGGUCCAUCAUGGAACGGCGUAGGAGACAAUUGCGAGUGAUCGAUGAUGAACGGAGAGAGACGCGAUCCCGUGUCAUGGGUUACGGGGUAUGGGUUAUUAUGGAUGAUGGUUGAUUAUCUACCCUAUCGUGUGUCGUCGUAGGGAGGCCGAUUAAAUCCCCCCAUUUUUCUUUUUUUUUC